UGUAGUAUUAACUAUAUCAAGCAGAUUUUCCCGGUGAACCACUCUCUCUCUCUCUCUCUCUAAUAACCAUCGGUUUUGAAAUGCGCGAGUGAUCUGAUGAUAUACUUUUUCCAAUGAUUCAAUUCAAAUGAAUAAAAUCAAAAUCAGAAUCGAAUGCAUCCAUUUUGCUUCACAGCAAGCCAGCGGGACCCUGCCGUGGCGACUUCUUCUUCCCAUUCGGGGGCGUUGGCGGAGCUGCUGAACAUGCCGCACCCACCGUCCACGCCGUCGUACCGGUCGCAUUCCGCUACACACAGGAGGAACAUCAGUAGCAGCACCACCACCACCCGCGGCGGCGGCGGCGGAUCUUCGUCGUCCACCACCGCCAAGCCAGCCAACCACCGCUUGAUCCAGCGAUCGGCGUCUGAAUCUCUAUCGAGGCUGCCGUCGGUUCGGAUCAACGACAUCGUCGGGAAUGGAAUAUCGGGGAUUCUGUACAAGUGGGUCAACUACGGCAAGGGAUGGCGACCCAGGUGGUUCCUCCUUCAAGAUGGUGUUCUCUCCUAUUACAAGAUCCACGGCCCUGACAAGAUCAUCAUCAAUCAACAAACCGAGAAAGGCUGUAAAAUCAUCGGUCAAGACUCCCUCCGCCGCAUCACCCGCCGCCCCCAUUCUCAGCCACUCCCUUUUCGCCGCAAACCCUUUGGUGAAAUCCAUCUCAAGGUUUCAUCGAUACGAGAGAGCAGAUCAGAUGAUAAGAGGUUUUCGAUAUACACUGGGACAAAGAGGCUCCAUUUGAGGGCGGAGACGCGGGAGGAUAGGGGGAUGUGGAUGGAGGCAUUGCAGGCGGUGAAGGACAUGUUCCCACGUAUGUCCAACAGCGAGCUCAUGGCGCAGAUGGGCAAUUCGGUGGCUCUUUCCACUGAUAAGUUGAGGCAGAGGCUGUUGGAGGAGGGCGUGACUGAGGCCGCUAUUCAGGACAGUGAGCAGAUCAUGAAGAGCGAGUUCUCCGCUUUACGCAAUCAUCUACUCCUGCUUAAGCAGAAGCAGCUUCUACUCCUUGACACAAUGCGCCAGUUGGAAACAGAAAAGGUAGAUUUGGAGAACACAGUUGUUGAUGAGAGCCAAAGACAGUCAAAAGAUCAAGAGACUUCCUCCAGACUAGAGCAAGACAAAUACAGUGAUGGAAGCCCAAGUGAAUCUGAUGAUGACAAUGACAUACACGAUGCCAUGGAGGAAGAGACAGAUGAUGACAAUAAUGCAUUUUUUGAUACUCGUGAUUAUCUCUCAUCAAGUUCUGUUAGAAGUAAUGGAUCUGACAUUCGGAGGUCAUCAUUUGAUUCUGAGGAUGAUGUGGAUCUUGAUUCUGACGAUGGUAUUGAUUCUUGCAUUAGAUCUGUUGGAACUAAUCAUCCUCAUGUUAGGCGGCGUAAGAGAUUGCCCGAUCCAGUUGAAAAAGAGAAUGGAGUUAGUCUGUGGUCAAUGAUCAAAGAUAACAUUGGGAAGGAUCUCACUAAAGUUUGUCUUCCAGUAUAUUUCAAUGAGCCUAUCUCUUCUUUACAGAAAUGUUUUGAAGAUCUUGAAUACUCAUAUCUCCUUGACCGAGCAUAUGAGUGGGGUAAAAUGGGCAAUAGCCUUAUGAGGAUCCUUAAUGUAGCGGCAUUUGCUGUGUCAGGGUAUUCUUCAACAGAUGGAAGAAAUUGCAAGCCAUUUAAUCCAUUAUUGGGGGAGACAUAUGAGGCUGAGUAUCCAGAUAAGGGACUACGUUUUGUCUCUGAGAAGGUUAGUCAUCACCCUACAAUUGUUGCAUGCCAUUGUGAGGGGCGUGGUUGGAAAUUUUGGGGAGACAGCAAUCUGAAGAGUAAAUUUUGGGGUCGUUCAAUUCAGCUUGAUCCUGUUGGUGUUCUUUCCUUGGAGUUUGAUGAUGGAGAAGUAUUCCAGUGGAGCAAGGUAACAACAUCCAUCUACAACCUUAUCUUGGGAAAGCUCUAUUGCGAUCAUUAUGGGACAAUGCAUGUACAGGGAAAUCGUGACUACUCUUGUAAAAUAAAAUUUAAGGAGCAGUCGAUCAUUGAUCGAAAUCCUCACCAGGUACAAGGAAUUGUGCAAGAUAAGAAUGGAAAGAAGGUGGCAACAUUACUUGGUAAGUGGGAUGAGAGCUUGCAUUAUUUCAACGGAGACUGUUCUGGAAAAGGAAAAGGAUCGGAUUUGUCAGAGGCGCAUUUGCUUUGGAAACGGAGCAAGCCCUCCAGAUUUCCAACCAGAUACAACUUAACACGCUUUGCCAUCACCUUAAAUGAGCUCACUCCUGGCCUUAAGGAGAAGCUGCCACCAACAGAUUCGCGACUCAGACCUGAUCAGAGAUACUUAGAAAAUGGAGAAUACGGAAUGGCAAAUUCAGAAAAGUUGAGGCUCGAACAGAGGCAGCGUCAGUCUGGGAAGAUGCAAGAGAGGGGUUGGAAGCCAAGGUGGUUUGCGAAGCAGAAAGGCAACAGCGAUGCAUACUGUUUCAUUGGAGGGUAUUGGGAGGCCAAGGAAGAGGGAAGGUGGGAAUCAUGCCCUGAUAUUUUUGGACAAGUGCCUACAGACAUACAGAUUUUUUGACCCGUUAGUUAGCGUUUAAUAAACUUGUAUUUCCAUUUCAAAAGAUAAAAAUAUACUCGUAUUCUAUACUCCAUUUUUAACCAUUAGUUUUCUACUGAGCAACUGUAUAGGAUAAAUUUAGAUGUCGUGCUCGCCAUUCCGAGCAGUGCACAGACAGAAAAGCUUGAAACUAUGUACUAUGUUAUCAUCGGUUGGUAA